UAGAGGAUAGAGGGAGAAAGGGAGUGUCUGACAGAAGAGGAGGAUAGAGAGAGUGAGGCAGGUCCACAGGCAGACGAUAGAAGCGGAUUGAUCUCUCUCUCGCGCGCGCUGUAGUCGGUCCUGUCUACCGGGAGCGUUCCUGAUUUUUCCGCUCUAACCACCGCUAAUUCCCGUUUCGAGCUCGUUACCUCCACUGUACUGUUUUCGGCAGUUUGAAGGGCCGGUAAAUCGCGUGUCGUCUGUCUGGGAACAUAAGGCUAACCAGGGCUACAUCUCAUCUGGAUCAUAACUUCACGACUAGAAGCACCAGGUCUCCGGUAAAACGUGUAGAUGGAGGACUUGGAUCUUCCCCAGAUGAAGAGGGAGGUGGAGAGUCUUCAGUACCAGCUGGCCAUCAACAGAGAGAAAUCCUCCAUCACGGUUACUGAGCUGGUGAAAUGGAUCGAGGGGUGUGUGUGUGACGACCCAUUCCUGAACCCAGAGCUGAUGAGGGCCAACCCCUGGGUGGAGAAAGGCAAAUGUGUGAUCCUCUAACGGAUCCACACACACACACACACUGAGACACACACACACACACACCACGAGACACACACACACACAC